AUGUCCACACUCGAAGAGCUCGACGACAUCGAGCGCCACGAGCGCGAAGACAAGGACGAGAAGAAAGACGGCGACGACGACCAGUCCGGCAAGGACGGCAAGGAUGGCGCCGGCAACGGUGGCAACAAGGGUGCGGCCAAGGCCGAUGGCGACGCCGAGAUGGAGGACGCCGAGACUGAGGAGGACAAUGUGAUCGACGAGGAGAUUCUGAGUUUAAGCACGCAAGAAAUCAUCACGCGCCGGAGGCUGCUGGAGAACGAGUCGCGGAUCAUGCGGAGCGAGUUCCAGCGGUUGGCGCACGAGAAGGCGACAAUGGUCGAGAAGAUCAAGGACAACCAGGAGAAGAUUGCUAACAACAGACAACUUCCGUACCUAGUCGGCAACGUUGUGGAACUGCUGGACCUGGACCCGACGGCCGAGUCCUCAGAAGAGGGCGCCAACAUCGACCUCGAUGCCACGCGCGUCGGCAAGUCCGCCGUCAUCAAGACCUCGACGCGACAGACGAUAUUUUUGCCUCUCAUUGGCCUCGUCGACCCGGAGACGCUCAAGCCGGGCGACCUGAUUGGUGUAAAUAAGGACUCGUACCUGAUCCUCGACACGCUCCCCGCCGAAUACGACAGCCGCGUCAAGGCCAUGGAGGUCGACGAGAAGCCGACAGAAAAAUACAGCGAUGUCGGUGGUCUGGACAAGCAGAUCGAGGAGCUGGUGGAGGCCAUUGUGUGGCCCAUGAAGGAGGCCGAGCGGUUCAAGAAGAUUGGCAUCAAGGCACCAAAGGGCGCCCUCAUGUACGGUCCUCCCGGUACUGGCAAGACGCUCCUGGCGCGUGCAUGCGCUGCCCAGACCGACGCUACCUUCCUAAAGCUGGCCGGCCCGCAGCUGGUGCAGAUGUUCAUUGGUGACGGUGCCAAGCUCGUGCGCGACUGCUUUGCCCUCGCCAAGGAGAAGGCCCCCGCCAUCAUCUUCAUCGACGAGCUCGAUGCCGUCGGCACGAAGCGUUUCGAUUCCGAAAAGUCGGGUGAUCGUGAGGUGCAGCGGACCAUGCUGGAGCUGCUGAAUCAGCUCGACGGUUUCGCCUCGGACGACCGCAUCAAGGUGCUGGCGGCAACGAACCGCGUGGACGUGCUGGACCCAGCGCUGCUGCGGUCGGGCCGUCUCGACCGCAAGAUUGAGUUCCCGCUGCCGAACGAGGAGGCGCGUGCGCAGAUUCUCAAGAUCCACAGCCGCAAGAUGAAGGUCAGCUCGGCCGUCAACUGGGGCGAGCUGGCACGCAGCACGGACGAGUUUGGCGGUGCCAUGCUCAAGGCAGUGUGCGUGGAGGCUGGCAUGAUUGCGCUGCGCAUGGGCAAGAACCAGAUCAGCCACGAACACUACGUGGAUGCCAUUGCGGAGGUGCAGGCCAAAAAGAAGGAUACCGUCAACUUUUACGCCUAA